AUGUUAUUCAUUAAGCCUUCCCCACCAAUCGAACUAUCUGUCUCGAAGCUAGGCACGGACAUAUAUCAGAUGGGCUCAAAGUUCCUUUGCAAAAAGGUCAUAAGUGGGAUUCCCGAGGCUACGGUCGCCAGCUGGAAAGAGAGAGACGGACAUUACUGUCUGCUCGAGGGUACCAUCCGGAAUUCAUCCUCCCCAGAGGCAGCCGAAGGCCUCAUAUACCAGGCUGGAAUGUCAUCUGCCGUCUGGGAGAUUGGCUCUGAGGCAAUCUGUAAGGUCAAAACUUGGGCGGAGGGGAUGGACAGUGAAAGCAACACCCUUGCCUUUGUCGCAUCCAGGUUUCCACACAUCCUACUUCCUGAGGUCACUUACUCGUGGGUCGAUGAGCAGCUGGAACGUACCUUCUUUAUUUGA